AUGGAUCGAAGCGAUUGCAUCCGGCUGCUCGAGUCGUGCAAGAGCCUAUCGCUCGCGGAGACCGCCCAUCGGCGCGUCCGCGAGGUUUAUCCCGCGAUCCAGGACGAUGCCUUCCUCUCCAACAAGAUCGUCCAGAUGUAUGGCCGCUGCGGGAGCGUGGAUCGCGCCAGGAUCGCGUUCGAGAGGAGCCAGAACAAGGAUCCGAGCUCCUGGGUGUUCAUGCUUUGCGCGUACUCGCAAAACGGGCACCUGGACGAUGCGAAAGAGAUCUUCGACCGGAUGCCGGAUAGGAAUCAAGUGGCCUGGACCGCGAUGCUUACGGGGUACGCGCGGGUCGGGGAUUUGAUCGAGGCCAAGCGCGUCUACGAUCGAAUGCCGGAGUGGGACGUGGUUUCUUCCACCGCGAUGCUCAGAGCGUAUGCCCAGAAUGGGCAUAUUGUCAAUAGUGAGAAGCUCUUUAGCGAGAUGCCGGAGAAAAAUCUUGUUUCGUGGAGUGUAAUGCUGGAUAUGUUCUCACACAACAAUGAUCUUGCGAAGGCGAGACUUUGUUUUGACAAUAUGCCUGAGUGGGAUGUUGUUUCCUCGACUACAAUGCUUGCAGCAUAUGCCCAACACGGGCAAUAUUAUAACGCUGAAGGGGUCUUUAACUACAUGGAGCACUGGACUCUAGCUACUUGUUCCACGAUGCUCGCAGUUUUUGCACAGAGUUUCCAGGUAGAAGAAGCUAGAAACUUGUUCUCGAGUUUGCCGCAAAGAGAUUUCGCGUCGUGGAUUGCUAUGUUGAACUGCUAUGCUCAAGUUGGUGAUGUAGACCAAGCAAAGAUUGUGUUUAAUCAGAUGCCCGAGUGGAAUCUCGCCACCUUCACGGCAAUGCUGAACGCGUUUGGAGCCAAUGACAAAGUUGACGAUGCGAAAGUCUUGUUUGAUUCCACACCCGAGCUCGACAUGGUACUUUGCACUGCCAUGAUCGAAGCUUAUGCCCAGGCCGGGCAUACCGUUCUUGCAAAACACAUAUUUGAACAGAUGACUCAGCAUGACAUUGUGUCAUGGAACUCGAUGCUAUCAGCUUACGUUAACAAAGGUGGCAGCCUCAAUGGUGCUAGGGACGUGUACACUCGGAUGCCGUGCUGGAGCGUAGUCACCUGGAACUUAAUGUUUGUGGCAUAUACCCAGGAAGGGCAUCUGGAACUGGCAAGGCUCUUGUAUGAGGAGAUUCCAGUCCGAAACCUAGCAUCUUCAACGAUUAUGCUCGAAGCGUACUCAAGAAACGGCUACAUUGAAGAGGCUAGUCAAAUCUUUGCACAAAUGCCUGUGCAAGAUCUUGUUUCUUCCACAGUCUCUAUCAAUCUUUCUGCCCAGUGCAAGAAUUUGUAUUUGGCGAGAGAGAUCUUUGAGAAAAUGCCGGAGCGCAACGUUGUCUCAUGGACCGCACUCUUGAACGCUUACGUUUCAAACUCCCAAUUGAACUACGCGUUGUCUUUGUUUCAUACUCUCCCUUCGCAUACUGUUGUAACUUGGAACACCAUUGUGGCAGCGUAUGCCAUGAACGGGCAUUCCAGUACUGCGCUCUUUCUCUUCUACUCGAUGAGGAUGGCAAGCGAGGCUUCACCGGAUGGAAUCUCGCUCUUGUCCGUUCUGGUCGCUUGCAAUCACACGGGAGACUCGGAGCUCGCAAGGUCUUUGUUCGUGUCAAUGUCGCUGGACUCUGGGAUUGGAGCUAGCAAAGAGCACUAUGGCUGUAUGGUUGAUGUCCUGGGAAGAGCCGGUUACCUGGACGAGGCCGAAGAUCUUGUGAACAACAUGCCGUUCGAGCCCGAUGUUCUAGAGUGGAUGAGCUUGCUUGGAGCUUGUCGAGGCUAUGGCGACGCUGCUAGAGGGACCAAGAUUCUGGCCCGGAUUGUGGCGCUGGAUCCGAGAAACGUCGCGGCGUUCGUGUAUCUCGCUAGAAAAAUACAAAGUUGA